AGUCCAGACCACACACUCCUCCUCACUCUUUUGUAUCAUCUGUCCGCCAUGUUGGUUCUGUUCGCCGUCGCCGCUGUCUUAGCAGGUAUACGGGCGGAUCCCGUAUGUCCAAAGACAUCCUCCGUCGCCUGGGUGGAAGACAAGUCAGACUGUUCCACUUUCUACAUGUGUUACCAGGGACGUCAUUUCAAGUACAUAUGUCCGUCCGGGCUUGUGUGGACGCCGGACAGCCGGAUGUGUGUUACCAAGGGAUCCUCAGAAGACAAAUGUACGACUCCAGUUAGAGCCAAACAACCUUGUCUGUCCGGAGUAAAGGCCCGCGAGUCUCACGAAGGUAACUGUGCUAAGUACUACGAGUGUGGCGUGAGUCGGUCAGCGGGGCCCAGUACCCCUACCCUAAUGGAGUGCCCUUACCCACUCCUCUUUGACGAACAGAAGGAGCGCUGCGAGUUCCCGGAAGUGGUAAAGUGUGACCAACGAAUGGAACCAACAGACCCAUGCGAGUAUGACAUCAAUAAGUGUGACGAAAGUGCGGACUGUCCCCCGUGUUACGUACGUUUUCCAACUUGUAAAGGACUGCCGGAGGGUCUCAAUCCCUGGAAAGGCAAGGAGUGGACCCCACACUUCACCGUGUGCAAAAAGGAGCGUGUCGUUUAUAGUGGAACGUGCACCCCGACGGACCAAGGACAACAACGUAUGUUUAACCCGGACGAACGGACAUGCGUGGAACCAAAGAUCCUCACCUUCUCCCAGCCUUAAGACAUUCUAUAUCGUCAUACGUAAUG